AUGGAUACAGGAGAGAAACCCAGAGUAUCUGGCGUAUCAAGUACCGCAGCGACACCACGACAGUCUCAUGCGGAGCGUCCUGAAUCUCGAAAUUUCUCGACAUAUCCUCAAACUCUGCCUCAACACCAAACGCAGGAGUCUCACCCCAAUCAGCAACAAACUCCUCAGCAUCCCGUGACUCCGACGUUUUUUAGUGAGCUCGCCGGUAGUGAUGGGUACCCAUAUAUGACCCUGCGCAAACGCAUUACAGAAGCAUACAAAUGGCAUUCUUAUCAGUAUUGGUUCGUGGCGUGCUUCUCGAACGGAUUGCUCUUUCUUCAGAUUCUGAUCGCCGCUUCAUUAACGGUGCUCGGUGCCUUUAACGACCGCCGGGCACGAACGGCGACCAUAUUCCUCGGGGCGGCCAACACAGUCAUAGCGGGGCUGAUGACUUACUUCAAAAGCCGAAACCAACCAAAUCGAUCCCGUCAGUUUCGAAACGAUCUCGCCAAAAUCGUCGACCAGCUUGACGACGCCGAAGCAAAUUUCCGUAAUCCGAACUACCACGAUGACGUGUUCACUGUCAUGCAGAAUAUCCGGCAUUCAUAUAACGAAGCGAGGAGUGAUGCUCAGGCGAAUUAUCCAGAUCUCUGGGUCAAGUCGGGCAGUGUAUACAGUCCUACGUUUCAGCCUCGGACGCCGGUGGAUCCAGUGAGACCUCAACGGCAUGAGACGGCGAUGCCACAAAAUCCGGCUAGCAAUCCGCCUACGACUGUCAGGCCAAUCCAAUCCCCUGCAAACCCUGAGCCAGCUCACACGAGAUAG